AUGCAGAGGACCAAGGAAGGCUUCUAUGAUGUAGCGGUGGUCGGUGCAGGUCCGGCAGGGUCCACCCUCGGCUACUACCUGGCCAAGGCCGGGCGGAACUGUCUCCUCCUGGAGAAGAAGAAGUUCCCGCGAGACAAGUACUGCGGAGACGCGGUGUGCAAGACUGCCAUCGAGAUCCUCAUGGAUAUGGGUAUCUAUGAGAAACUCAUCAAGGAGAACAAGGCCCGCAUUGUGAUAUCUAUGCUGAAUGCCUUGCUAUGCUACAGAGUCCUUGUGUGUGCUGAUGGCGCCCCGUCUAAGCUCGCCACCAAACUCGGCAUCGUGAAGCGGCCCCCCGACGGGUCGUGCUCUCGGGCCUACGUGGAGAGCGGCACCCACAAGUUCAAGGCAGAUGGUUGCAUCUUCUACCACAGGGACAUGCUGCCCGGGUACUCUGCACUUUUCCGUCACCCGAACAAUGAACUGAACUACUGUGUGUACCUCAUCCCUGGCAACCCCAAGGUCACCAACGAUGACCUGCCCUACUGGCACAACUUUCUGAUGAAACAGGACCCAAACAUCAGCAAGUCUCUGGGUCCCGGAGCCAAGCUGGAGAGGAUGAAAGCUGCCAGUCUGCGGCUGGGUGGGGAGCCAGUCAGCCAUGGGGACCAUGUGUUGGUGGUCGGAGAUGCUGCUGGAAUGAUCGAUCCUAUGACAGGUGAGGGCAUCCACCAUGCAAUGGAAGCUGGGAAGAUGGCUGCCAAAUUCCUCGAUGAGGCAAUGCAUCAUGGGAACUAUGACAAAGAUGUGAUGAAGCUCUACCAUGAAGCCUGGAUGGACAAGUUUGGAUCAGACUUCAAGUGGUCUUUUGCGAUAUGCCAGCUGCUGUACCGUUUCCCGAUCCUGCUGGACGCAGCCACCGCUGCCAUCGCCAGGAAAGGGGACAAGUUCCUCGCUGCCUGGGCUGACAUCAUGACGGGCCGCGUACCCAAGAUUCACCUACUUCGCCCAGAGUUUGUCAUCGUCAUAACAUUUGAGCUCGUCAGUCUAAUCAUCAAGCGUGCUUUUGGCAUCGAAAAAAAGAGGGAGAAGAAACUGGAAUAGCAUUGGGCAAUAAAUAAAAGGU